GCCAGGUACCACAUGUCAGAAUCUCAUCAAAUCAUUCAAAUAAAUUGAACACUCUUAUCAUCAAUACCUAAUACUUACCACUAACCAAUACCCCUAAAUCGCAUCAGACUUGCACAUUUAUCCUUCUCCUAACCUAAAUCAACCACAAUGGGAAGCAUCUCAAAGAAACUAGGCGUCGUCGUGACCGGUGGCGCUAGCGGUCUCGGACUCACCAUGGUAGAAUACUUCGCGUCGCAAGGGCACGCCGUCACCAUAUUCGACGUCAACACGCAAGCGGGACACCAAGUAGCCGCCGACCUGGCCAAAAAGCAUCCCGAAGGUAAAGUCGACUUCAAGUUCUGCAACAUCACAUCCUGGGACAGCCAAGCGACGGCGUUCAGAGAAGUCUACGAGAAAGUGGGCCACGUCGACAUCGUCAUGGCCAAUGCCGGAAUCUCGGAGCAGGGCGUCAGUAGCUUGUCGUUGGCCGACGAGGAAGAGCCGUCGCAGCCUAGGUUGCGAGCUUUAGAAGUGAAUCUAACAGGCACGAUAUACACGGUCAAACUUGCCAUACACUACCUCAAGAAGAACACGCCAGAUCCUAAGACGGGAUCGCGGGGCUGCAUCAUAUGCACGGCUUCAAACGCGGGUCUCUACCCAUUCCCAGUAGCCCCAGUCUAUGCCGCUUCAAAAUCGGGCAUAAUUGGCCUUGUUCGCUCUCUUGAUCGGAGUCUUGAGAAACUUCAAAUCCAGAUUAACGCUUUAGCGCCCGCCGUACUUGAAACCAGCAUCACUCCAUCCAAAGCUCUUUUCGAGGAGAUGAUUAUAACACCUCACUCUACACUUGUCAAGGGUAUCGCGCAACUUGUUGAGGACCCGAAGGUCAGCGGGGCUGUUGCCGAGAUCCACGGAGAAAACGUUACGCUGCGCACACAUCACGAGUACGUGGACGAUGACACGAAAGCAAACAUGGAAACAUUCUGGAAGCACGGAAUUGCUUGAAAUAGAUCAUUUCAUUCAUUUUCUUUCUGCGGUUUCAAUUAGACGUCCAACGACAGGACUUAGAGACAAAGAGGAUUGGGAAGUUUGGGCUGGCACUUUGGAAGUGGUUUUGAGCCAUGGGUAGCACUAAGGUCUAUAAACGUGCUGGUAUUAUAAUGAGGCACUCCUUGGGAUAGGGCGAAAUGAGAAAUAUAAUAACGAGAUGAAGAAUGAUAAGUUGUGAAUAAAAAGACAGCACGGCA